CAUUGCUCAGUUCGAACUCCGUUCCCCUCAGUUCACUAUUUGAAAGUGCAGUGGUGUAGUGUAGUGUGUGGAAUUUAUCUCACUUAGUCAUUUCUUAAAUGCACAUUGAAAACCAAACAGCUUCUCAAACUGUAUUAAAGUUCUUUAAAGACUUUUUCUUUCUCUAUUUCAAAUUUGCGAUUUACGCCAUUGUUAUUUAUUUGAUAUUUUAUUAUUUUGAUUAUUAUUUGGAUUAGUGUAUUUAUAGAUAUGUGAAGUGAAGUUAAAAGUGUUAUAAAACAUUUGGACUUUGUGUUUUACUACGAGAGGAACAAUUGGUACAAUCAUGAAACGAUCCCGCCACAGGUGGCUGGCAUUCUCUAUAUUUUGUGUAGCAGUUAUAGCAUUCUCGAGUCUUCCCAGUACAACAGCGAAACGAGCUACAUCGCUCAUCUUCGCAAAGACCACAACCACCACUACUGCUGCACCAGAGGAAGAACCGUCAGGCCCCGAUGAUGAAGCACAGAUGGAAACCACAGCAGAGGGAGCUGAGACAAACACAACGUCAAAGUAUUCUGGAAUACCUCAACUUGACUACAUCUAUGACCCCAAUUUACCAAGAGAGCUGAAUGGGUACAAUUUAUCCGAAUACCCAUUCUAUGCAACAGUUCCACCUCCAGAGACAAUGGACUUCAAAUGUGAAGGUCUACAUGACGGCUUCUACGCUGCAAUACCUCAUAAGUGUCAGGUGUACCAUCAUUGUCUCUUCGGUACGCGGUAUGACUUCCUAUGCGCCAACUACACAGCAUUUGAUCAAAAAACGUUCAUUUGUCAAUUCGUGUCAGAAGUAGACUGCAAAAAUUCAGCCAACUAUUUCCAUAGAAAUGAAGCGCUCUACAAAGCUACCACCAGCGCCACGCCGCCACCUCCUCCAAGUACUACAACUACCACAACAACCACUAGGCCACCCAGACCUCCACGGAGAAGGCCACACCACCGAUAUGACUACUACGAUGAUGAUGACUAUUAUUACUCGAGGGAUAGAGAUGAAUAUGAUGAUGAAGAAAGAGGUGGCAGAAGAACUAGGCCACGUGGAAGACCAGGAAAAAGACGGCCUCAAGACGACUAUGAUGACCGGUAUGACACGCGUUCAAAAUCACGAGAUGUUGACGAAGAUGAUUACGAUGACAGAAGACCCUAUGAAAGACCCAGAAGCAAAAGACCAGAUUAUAGAAGACCAUAUGAUGAAGAUGAAAGAAGACCUUAUAAAGGCGGAAGACGUCAACAAAAGCCCAAGGAAGAAAUAGACGAUAGAUAUAGAGAUGAGGAUGAUGAAAGGCCAAGAGCUAGCAGACCGAAAACACCAAGAGAUGAAUUUCGUUCUCGGGAUGAAGCACUAGAUGACAAAAAAGAUAGAGAUAGAGAUGAUGAUACUUUAAGAGAUGAAGUACAGCCAAGAGAUGAGUUAAGAACUAGAGAUGAGAAACGGCCGAGAGACGACAUACGACCCAGAGAUGAAAUAAAACCAAGGGAUGAAACUAGGUCCAGAAGCGAAAGCCGACUGAGAGAUGACAUUAAACCCAGAGAUGAAAUUAGGCCACGUGCUGAAGGUAAACUAAAAGACGAUGUCAAACCAAGAGACGAAUUUCGGACAAGAGAUAAAGACGAGAGACGGCCUUUGGAUGAUAACCGUUAUAAUAGGCCAAGAGAAAAAACAAAUGAAGGUCGUCGAAUAUAUGAUAGACCGUAUAGAGGCAGAGAUGAGCGACCCCACCCAAAACAAGACAGAAAUAAUGACGAUGAAAGACGUGAAGAAAAAAGACAGGCACCCACGGCGCCUGAUACACCCCUAGUCAAACCGAACGGUCAAGGAAUUUUUAGUAAACCUAGAAUGCCUCCGAAAAUUAAACGGCCAGUGCCACUAAGUGAAAAAGAUAAGUAUGAAUAUGUACCAGUGUCUACAGCAAAAGCGUCAUCGAAGCCCGAAGAAGAGUAUUAUGAUGAUUAUGAGGAUGAAGAUGAGACUAAAGCACUUCCAUCAGCGAAAACGAGCACGAUACAACAACGUCCAAAACCAGAGCCACUUGAAAGAGAAAAGUUCAAACCAAGACCUGCACCAACAAAAAAACCUAAACGCCCAAUAGAUUAUGAAGAUGAAGAAUAUGAUUACGAACCACCAACAAAAGCAGUCAAAUACACAUACAAUCAGAAGAGAAAUGAUCGACCUAUCGAUGGAUCAAAAACAAAAGAUUACGAUUAUGAUUACGAUGAAGAUAAAGAAAGAACGAGCGAUGGAAAGAACGAAGAAAUAGUUAAUAAGAUGAGAGAAAUAAGGCCUAACGUCAAAGUUGUUAAACGUCCUUUUUUACCGUCUAGGGGUGGAAGUCCCUACCUACCAAGAGGAUUACAACCGGUAGGUGGAAAGAACUUAAACUCGCUACCAAGCACCACCCCUAAACCUACUUCUACUUCAACUACUACAACUACUACUACUACACCAACAACUACUACCACGACUACUACUACUCCUGCACCAACAACAACUAUCCCCACAACAACAAAACAAACUACAACAACUUUAGCAACGGAAAAACCAAGCACAGAUCCUAAAGCUGAAGAAGAAUACGAAUAUUACGACGAAGAAGAUAUUGAAUAUGAAAACAACAACAAAAAGGAACCAAUAACUACAACGACUGAACUUGAAACUGCACCACCCCCAACAACAACACAAGAAAACAAACCAAAAGAGUAUCCGAAGCUUGCAGAAAAACAAGAAAACAAAGCUAAAGAUUUAGCCUCAAAAGUAUUGAGAACUUUCAAUGAUAACUACGAGGCAAUGAGAGAACAAUUAGAAUCAACAUUAAAACCCGCCGCUUAUUUGAAACCAUAUUUAUCACAAGAGAAACCAAAAUUAGAACCAAAACCAGAAAUAUCCAAACCUUACACGGCAACUGGAAAGCCUUUACGAAUCCCUGAAGUUUCCAUUAAGCAGAAUCUAGCUGAUUCUUUAGAAAGUGAAUAUGAUGAGAGGUUUAACGAAGCCACACCAAAUUUGGCCAACAUCAGAGGGUCAACUGGUUUUAUUGUUCCUACAAACAGAGAUUACACAUUCACUAGGUUUAGAAAUAACAUACAGCCCGAACCACAAUUUGCAGCAUCAGAACUAUCACAGUAUCAAAUAUAUAAACGUCCUCAAAUAUCUGGUGUCAGCUUAAGAACGCCGACGUCAUACUACUUAAAGCCUCAACUGAGUUAUGAACGAUUGGCGCGACCAGCCAGACAACUUGUAUAUAGACCAUUAGGAGAUUUCUUUUAAAAUUUCAGUGGUAACCUUUGAAAGAUACUGUAUAGAAAGAUGUACUAAGAUUAUCAUGGUUAAGCGCGAAACGGUAUUUACAAAAUUUACUUGAAAAUGAUGUUUUUAUCCCGUUGCCUAGUCAGGCGAUAGAUAAGGUUGUUCUAGGAAUCUAAAUACUCAUCUCAUACAUUACUUUUAUCAGUUAAAUCUUUGGUAUUAAGUAUAUUAAGUUAUAAGCAAAAAAUCACUGCCAAUCACAGUAAUUAUAAAUUAAUAAUAAAUGAAGAUAGUCUUUAUGAACCCACACUUUUUCCAGAUGUCAAUACAUGCUAUACCAGCGCGAUCUCUGUUAUAUUUACUGUUGACCUCAUAUAUUCUAGUUACCUAAACUAUUUUUCAAAGGUUACCCGAACAAUUGUAAAGUCUUAUCGAUUUAUGUAAAAUAAUUUCUAAAAUAGCAAGACUUUUGCAAUUAUAUAUAAGCACUGAUAUUGGUAAUACGAAUUUGUAAUUAUUGUAUUUUUAAGGUUUUGUAAAAAUAAUGAUAAAAUCUUGAAAAAUGUC